AUGACAACCACAACACCUAGCAUUACAGCCGUGACAACCACAACACCUAGCAUUACUGGUUUAGUCACAGAAUUUACUUCCAGUUCUCAUCCCACAACAAUUACUCAGUCCUCCCCAAGUUCUGCAUUUUCGUCUAGUCCAGCAUCCACAACCAUGACAACCACGAAACCUAGCAUUACAGGGAUAGUCACAGAAUCUACUACCAGUCCUCAUCCCACAAAAGUUACUCAUUCCUCCCCAAGUUCUGCAUUUUCAUCUAGUCCUGCAAUUACAACCAUGACAACCACAACACCUAGCAUUACUGUUACUCAGUCCUCCCCAAGUUCUGCAUUUUCAUCUAGUCCCUUAUUCACAACCAUGACAACCACAAGACCUGGCACUACCGAGGGAGUCACAGAAUCUACUUCCAGUCCGCAUUCCACAACAAUUACUCAUUCCUCAUCAAGUUCUACUUUUUCAUCUAGUCCCGCAUCUACAACCAUGACAACCACAAAACCUGGCACCAAUACUCCAGAGUCGAUUACCGUAACUAUUGACAUAUCAACCACAGCUUCUAUCACCACACCAGUAGAACCAACAGACCACUUCUCCUCAACCAUACCAUCUACAACUCCUCACUGUCCUGAGUUCAUCUAUGGAAAUGAAUGCAUUUAUGGAGUGAAUGACACCUCUGUUAACAUCGAUACAGGAACACUGCCAUCUCGAAAAGUAAACGUCACCUUGAAAAUUGAUAUUACUUUUGAUAUUGCUUUUGACAAUUUAAAUUCACCUGAAGCAAUAACAUUCAUCAACGCAUUAUUGUCUGAGCUGGAACCUUUAUGCUUUGAAGCUGAUCCAUCCACCUUCAAAAAAGUAAAAGUCGUCAAGUUAUCAAGUGGAAGUGUAAUUGCUGACACUGAAGUAGAGUACAUCUAUCCAAACAAUCAAACUCAAAUCAAUUUUGUCAAUGAUCAUUUGGAUGGGGUGUUGACUGGCAUAUUGAAUGACACGACAAACCUCAAGAAGAUUGCCUCGGCUGUGAAUGCAACAAGUGCACAGUUAAAUAACGUCACUUUUCAGGCACCAAAUAUCACAAAUAUCACACAACUGGAACCCUUUAUUAACUGCUCUAACUUUGUUGAUUACACACCUGAGCUUUCCAAUGGUCAAUGGGAGUGUGUCGGACCUUGCAAAACUCACCCAAACUACUGUAAUCGACAUGGAGACUGUUAUAAUAAUAUUUAUAAAGGACCCAUCUGCAAGUGUUACAAUACUACCCUUGGCCGUUAUUAUGGUUCAAGGUGUGAGCACUAUGAAGCUAAACCAACUACCCCUCCACUCAACAACAACAACAACAACAACAACAACAGGUCUUCCAUCAACAACACAUGA